GAUCGCGCCAAAAAUUAUUACGAUUAUAGUAAUAAAUGAAAAAGGUAAAAUUAUGACGAUAAUCGUAAUAAUUAUGCCAAGCCCUGUACGGAGACAUGUUUACAGGGAAGGAAGUACGGGUGCUUUCGUAUUUGAGCCAGACGAGUUUGAUUGAUUUGGCUUGCUGGCAGGCAAUGUGAUCCAAUAUUUUUAGUGCUUGAGAAUAACAGAGUGGUUGAGUAAAAUUGAUAAACAUAAUAAGCGAAGUCAAGCAAGUACUUAAACAUAUAGUUUUGUGCCAAUUUUAUUAGGCAUUCUCUCUGGUUGGGUAAUGAUGUCACUAUAACUAUAGCAUAGCUAGCUAUUUAGCUUCAGCUGCGUUUUUUUAAAUAGAUAGGUAAAUGUGCAUAUUUUACAUGGCUAGCCUCACAACUAUCGAGGGAUAUACCUGGUCUAUUAUUUUUUGGAGGGACUAUGGCUUGGAUGAAGAGUCUUGGAAUAUUGAGCUAAUGCUCAUUUUGAGCAUCAACGCAGAGACCCAAUUUAGAAUCUGUGCUCUAGCAAGAAAUGCCUUGAAGCAUACAAUGGCCCACACACAAAGUGUGCUAUCUCCUCCAUUUUCCUCACAUGGGUGUGGUUAAUCUGAGGCUAUGGUAACAUUCAAUCGGCCAUAUUGAAUCGCUGCGCCAAGGGGGAAUCCAAUCCGCCGGUCUCCUGCACAAAUAAGAGAGUUAUAACCACCAAGCUAUGGCUUCACUACCAAAAAAGCUUUGAUAAGUAAACAAGAACUACAAAUAUCUGAAAGAAAAUCUAAAUUAACCUAAAACUACUCAACAUAUCAGGUUUAACGUUUUUUUAAAAAUUCAGUCCUAUAGUUUUAUUGCUUUGUUUAAAUUUUCAGUAGUCUUCAACAUCUGCGUGGCAAAAACAUACAGAUGCUUCAUAAAGCAAGGUUUUUUGUGGUUUUUUUUGCAUAAAGGUAUCAUUAGGACUUUAAAUAGAUGUAUCAAUCUGCAUUUGAAAAGUUGUCUCUUCCGCAAGCUGCCAAGACCGCUGAAAAUGCAAGCAAAGAAAUCUGUUUGUUUGUAAAGAGUCGAUUGUGUAAACUACGUCUUUUCCCUUAAACUGUAAUAGCUACCCGACCUGUCAUUGGUAAAAUUAUUAUAUGUAAUAUAUAGCAUAUCAUAUCCUAUGUAUUUUAAUUGUUUAAAAAAAAAAUGCAAAAUAGUGUUAUAAGAAAAUGUUAGUAUGUUUGCAGAUAGAGAUAGAUAGAUGUGCAUAUUUUACAUGGCUAGCCUCACAAAUAUCGAGGGAUAUACCCUGUCUAUUAUUUCCAGGAGGGGCCAUGGCGUAGAUGGAGAGUCCUAGAGUAUUUAAUGCUCAUUUUGAGCUACGCAGACCCAAUUAGAGCCCGCGCUCUACUAGACAACUCCCGGCAACAUCCAACGGCCCACACAGUGUGCCAUCUUCCCAAUUUCCCUCACAUGGCUUGGGUUAACCCGGGGCUAUGGUAACAUUCACUCGCCCAUGUUGGAUCGCCGUCAAGAGGAAUCGAACCCCGGUCUCCCGCACAGAGUACGAGAGCUAUAACCACUAAUCUACGGCGCCACAAAUCACUUUUGUAAUUUUAUUUAAACCCUGCCAGGUCUGUGUAAGUAAACUGCUUGAGAUAAUAAUGGUAUAUAUAUAUUGUUGUGAAGUUAUUAGGUUUAUAUCACAAUCUUGGCUAUAUUGGGUUAGUGUUGUUUUAAUAGUGUGGAUGUAUAUAUAUAUAGACUAAAAAAUAUUAAUUUCUUUUACAGAUUGAUGUUAAUGUAAAUGACACUAGAAAUUUGAUCUGUCUUAAUUAGUAUUAUAUAUUAUAUACACUAUUAUGCAGUUAAUGGGUUAUAAAAUGUGACACUGGUGAUUAGAAUGGCAAACAAAGGUGAGUGACCAUAUAUGGACAGCUUUAAUAAGGCCGUCAUGUGUGUAUAUAUAUAUAUAUAUAUGUAUAUAUAUAUAUAUAUAAUUCACAGAAUUACAAGACUUAUCCAUGUCCAUACUGGCUGGCCUUGAUUCUGACAAAGGAGCAGCAAAGCAAAAAAAGAGAAAGCCACGUACUAUCCAUUAUAGGCGAAACGCAGAUGGGAAAAGAUUGUUUAAGGAACGGAAAAACUAUGCUUCGAAAAGUGUUAAGAAAGCUUGUCUUGAUAAGGAUUUAGAUCACACUGGUAUGUGUUUUCUUAACCACUGAUAAUUUUGGUUACUGGGGAUUCCCACUUAAUAAAAAAAUUAUUUUUAGGCUUAAAAUUCAUUAUUUUCUUGUAUGUUUUCAAUAGAAAAUGAUGAAGAUUGGUUGACAGAAAUAGAAGAGUGUUCUGAUGACCAACCUUCAUUGGCUAGUAUGUUUAUCACUAUACUGUUAUUAUGUACUAAAAUCAGGUUUUUUAUAUAUUAAAGAAGCAGGUAUAUAAUAGCAGUGUAUUUAUUACUGCUGUGAAUUUUUCAGAUGUAUAGUGAUUGACCUUAAAACUAAACUUUUGCCAUUCACACAGAUGGGCUAAGCAAAAGGUAGAUAUUAGGCAGUGUUUGUGUAUAUAUGUAUAUAUAUGUAUAUCAUUUAGUCAUGAAAUUUUGUUGAUAAUGUUUCAAAGGUUAUGAAGAAGAAGUCAACCAGUGUUUCAAUACUCUGAAGUCACUUUUGCCAACUCAUGUAAAGCAGCCAAGGAGAAGGCAGUCUUGGAAUAAGAGGAUGUUUUCAAGUUUUGAAGCUUGGAAUAAGAAACGAGCUGAUAUUCAUGAAGAAUAUUAUAUGUUGCAAGUUCUGGAUAGUUUGUGCAAUAAUUGUCUAUCACACAGAUCUUGCGUCACUUGUAGUCAAUGUCAUAAAGACUACUGUGCUAAAUGUGAUAGGAAAACUCACCAUCUCCACCCAUUUCACGAUCGAUGUUAUAUAGACAAGUAUCAGGUUCCACUUUCACCGUUACAAGUUAUAGAUGAUGAAAAUCACAUACAAAAAGCAGUUAGAAUACUUCCUUUGAAACGUUAUUCAUGUUUGUCAUGCACAAGUACAGACAUUAUUUAUGAUCCAUGUGAUGAAAUGUGCAUAGUUCUCAAUGAAAGAGGUCGCUAUGAUUUUUACAAGCACACAAUUGUUUGCAAAAGUUGUGGAGCUAAAGAUGAUCCGUUUGACCUACGCACCAUUAUCCGUUCUGGGUAUUGGCCUGCUGCACCAACAACAUUGAAUUAUCUAGUUGAUGUGAAUCUCUUUAACCUUUGGAGUAAUAUCAGAAGCAAGAUGCCAGGUACAUCAGAAAGUUCAUUCAUUGCUGCCCUCGUUGAACUAUCUCUUGGAAAUGGAAGGGUAAGCAUUUUUUAAUUGUUUCAUUUUGCUUGCAUGAUAAUGAAGAUAAUAUGAUUAUAACAUGAGAUAAAACUUAUUUCAUUUCAAAAACAUUGUAUGUAUUAAGAAAUUUUAUUAGGAAAGUUUUUUGUACUUAUAUGUAAUUGCAUAUAAUGCAUGGCUGCAUUAAAAUGGUGUUAUUAUGAAUUAUUAUAAGAUAAAUACUAAAAGAAAAUAUUAUUCUGUUUGCAUUUUACCUUCUUGUUUUUGUUUAUUAAAAGAAGUGCAAACUAGAUUAUAG